AUCAUCAGGACGUCGUCUUUUAGAAUAUUCGCGCAGGAUCAAGCAAGCGUAUCGCAGCAACGAUUACAAUGUCGUUCAAAACGGCAUCAAUUUCGAAAUAAACUUGACGAGAGUGGUGGAUCUUAUCGCUCAGCUUUAAAGGAUAAUGAAGAUGAAGAUGGCGAAGAAGGGGAGGAAGACGAGGAAGAAGAGGAAGAUGAGGGCGACGAGGACAAGCUUGAUGACGAAAAUAUGGAUGAAGAAUCCGAAGAGCAGGACGAAAACGAGGAAGAAACGGUCGCAGCUGCCGUCAGAAGUGGGUCCAGGAAUCGCGUGGUGAGAUCCGGUUACGUGCCGUCUGGAGGUAAGGUCGGUGAACGCGAGAGACGCGAAGAGGAAGUCGCAAGGAUUAGAGGCACCGAGGAAUGUGAGGACGAGUCGACGGAACCGCUGCAAUAUUAUGAAUACGAGACGGAGGUGAGAAAUGUUGCUUUCCAAAGCGGCGAUAAGUGUCGAGAAGAAUUCCUGGUAAAGAUGCUUGGAGCGAGUCUUUUUCUUUUGUUGUUGACCUGAGAAUUUUGAAGAGAGUGACAGGAUACGCGUGUCUUUAUUUAUCUAAAAUCCGGAGGACAAAAAAUGAAGACGCCAAGAGUCAGGAUGAUUCGAUAAAUUCGACAGUCUUGAAAUUCAACUCCGGCAUAUAUCCGGGUGAAUGGCACGAAUACGUAACCGAGCUUCGAUUUGGUUUCUUUUCUCGAGUUAGGUCACCGACACCGAAUACACAACCAUCAAUGUCUCAUGGCCACGCGGUCAAGUUCUCUCUCUUUCUCUCUCUCUACGCGCGUUCUUCAUAUCUCUUGAUCGAUCGGAUGAUGUAUCAUCUUUCUUAAAACGUUCGCGAUAUGCUAGCACAGUAUUUAACUCGAUUAUUUUAAAAUAUUAUAUUAAUUACUUGCGAAAUUCAAAGAAAAUGUAUACAUGUUAUGUAUUGCGUAA